AAGAGGAGGGCGAGGGAGGGAGGGCACGCACGCACGCACGCACGCACGCACGCACACACAGAAACAGACGGCGAGAGAAAGGAGGCGCAGCCUGUGCGCUCGUUCUUUCUCCCUCCUCCCCACACUUUGAUAUAUCGCACAUGAACACACAAGGCGUGUGGUUGUUAGAGCAACACCGAAGAAGAAGACGCGUCGGUUUGGUCGGACUAGCGAGCGGGACGAGGCGUCAUGGACUCCUGGAUGAAGUUCAUCUUCAUGGUCGCCACCUUCUGCUGUGGAACGCGAGCCGAGUUUGACGGCAGGUGGCCACGGCAGAUGGCGUCGUCCAACGGGCUGUGCCGCUAUGGCGCCAGGGUGGACUGCUGCUGGGGAUGGACACGCCGAUCUUGGGGUCACUGCCAGCCUCCCUUCGCCUUAACUCGCAGGCUAGUCGGGAUAAGAUGCCAGCCCCAAGCGCUUUGCCAGUCGGGUUGCAAGCACGGAGACUGCGUGGGGCCCAACAAGUGCAAAUGUCACCCCGGAUUCACGGGGAAGACCUGCAAUCAAGAAGAACAGCUGGACUAUUUGACUCCACCGAUGUGGUCCAGUCACCUACCCAUUUAUCUACCGGAGGACCAUCAUCCGGUGACGGAGGAUUUGAACGAGUGCGGGCUGAAGCCACGGCCCUGCAAACACAGGUGCAUGAACACCUACGGCAGCUACAAGUGCUACUGCCUCAACGGCUACAUGCUGAUGCCCGACGGCACCUGUGGAAACCUUCGCACUUGCGGCAUGGCCAACUGCCAGUAUGGCUGUGAGGUCCUGAAAGGAGAGGUCCGAUGUCAGUGUCCGUCACCAGGGCUACAGCUGGCUCUGGAUGGCAGAACCUGCGUGGACGUGGAUGAGUGUGCGACCCGGACCGCCGUGUGCCCCAGGUUCCGGAAGUGCAUCAACACAUUCGGCAGCUACAUCUGCAAGUGUCACGAUGGCUUUGACCUGCAGUACAUCAACGGGAAAUACCAGUGCAUCGACGUGGAUGAGUGCUCUUUGGAGAUCGGUCGCUGCGGUGGCUAUGCCACCUGCUUCAACACGCCGGGCUCGUACAAGUGCAAGUGCAAAGACGGCUACAGGGGGACGGGCCGCGACUGCAAACCCAUUCCCAAGGUGGCCAUAGACCCGCCGAGGCCGGGCAAACUGCCUCCCAGCUACCACAACCACCUGCCUGAUACUGACCAGAGGAGAACCACCACCACGCUACGGCCGCCGGUCACCCAUAGGAGGGUGUUCACCGUCGCCCCCAAAACCACAACAACCGCCGCCGCAACGACGACGACGGUGCUUCCGAAGAGAACGACGACGACGACGGCGCUUCCGAAGAGGACGACGACGACGAUAUCCCUGCGCAAGCCAUCAACUCCGACCCGGAAGCCCUUCGUCCCCACCAGGAGGCCACCCCCACCUACUCGCAAGCCCUACAUCCCUCCAAAACCGGUGACAACGACUCCACUGCCAUCUCCGCGGGUGACCACUGUGGACAACAGCAUCCACAAGGACGUGACCAAGCAGCGAGGAGAUGUGCACAUCCCGCGGAACCACAACCACAACACGGUGCUGGACUUUGACAUCGAGCUGGGCAACACGGCCGAUGAAGCCAAGGACGACGCCGAUUCAGGCUUCCUGAGCUGCUCUUUCGACGACGGCCUCUGCGGAUGGAUCAGAGACAAAGACGGAGACGUGCACUGGGAGACCACGCCGGACCCGGCAGGCGGUCUCUACCUUACCAUCCCCGAAGUGGGCAACAAGAGGACGGGGCGGGGGGCGAGGCUGGUCCUCCCGUUGGCCCCGCCGUGGAACGAGGGCAACCUUUGCCUGUCAUUCCGCCACAAGCUGGCGGGCCACCAUGUUGGCAUGCUGCAGGUGUUCGUGAAGAAGGGCGCCCGCUACAGCCCGGCCGUGUGGGGGAGGACGGGCGGCAACAGCUGGAGACACACCCAGAUAACGUUGUGGGGAGCGGGCCUGGAGAGCGUGGUGCUGAAGGGCGAGCGCGGACGGGGACGAAGCGGCGAGAUGGCGGUGGACGACAUCUCGCUAGCAAAAGGCUCCUGCACGGACGAUCGCAGCCCAACGAGUCUCUGACGCGGCAGCUCAAGGGAGAAAUCGCGAAGAGAAAACAAUUCGAAGAUUAUCUCGAUGAGACGUGACCCCUGUUUGGACUCCUCUUCUCAUUUGGCGCCCCCUUGCGUCCGAACCAGCGAACAGCAGCACAUUGCGCCUCUCGAAAUGCAAAGACUGAACUGGACUUCAGCCUCGUCUGAUUUGGAGGCCUGUGCCCGUGUGGUUGCCAUGGUGACGUCCGCCGACAACCCUUCCAUCCCACUGCUGCCCGUUUAGUCGCUCUGCUUGUCGCAAUGGUCAAACCAGUGGCGGCCACUUGGUUCCUUUUCUUCAUCUGAUUAGAUCAACAAUACAAUAGAGUAUCAGGUCCACGAGAUGAAAACAAACUAGAACAGGUCGAGUUAAGCUGUAACUUUGACAAAAAGUAAUUGGACAUGAAAAAACGUUGGGAAGAAAAUGUUUUGAGAAUCAAGUUGAAAUUUUUUGAAAAAAGUACAGUUUAUCUUAUUUCAGACCCACACGCGGUAGGUGAAAAUCUGCGAUACAGAGAAACCAUAUAAAAAAAGUUUCGUUUUUUUAAUAGUUUUACCCCUCCCAUAUGCUUAAAACACACGAACUUAUUAAAAAAACGCUUUAUGGAGUAUUCCUUAGCCCCUGUCAAGAAUUGGGAGAUUUAUUGUAUAAAAUUUACUUUGAGGAAAGGAAAAGAUGCACACUUCUCCAAAUAAGAGGCUGUUUAUUUGUCACUCUCCAUUGGAGUUUACUAUAAAUCGGACACAAAAACAUUGUAUAUUUAAACAAAAUGUUCAACCAAACCACAAAAUUUCGCUAGCUUAAUGCUGACAUGUAAUGCAAAACGCUACAGAUGUGCUAAAGUAGAUUAGCAUAGAUGUUACGGUGAUUAUAAACCUUCAAACAACUGCUUCUUUAGCAGCAACGCAUACAAACAGAGCAUCCAACAAUAUUCACAGGCUUGUAUUCUUUCUGCUCUGUGAGAACAGCAACAAUUACUUCAACUUAGUAGGGGAUCUUUCUGCCUCUUCUUGCUCCUAAUUUCGCGGAAUCUCCAUCCAGUAAAGGGCAGUGCCACCCGGCAUGUUGUAGCACAAAGUGGUACUACUCCGAAGGCGCGCAACUCUAAAUUGGGACUCGUCUGUAUACUGUAAAAACCGACCGCUUCAAAAUCUGUGAUAUCUGCAGAGGUGUGAAAGUUCAACUGCUACAGUGUUUUACCAGAGAAUCUAAUUUUAAAGUGGACAUUUCACCAGAACAACUGUGUGGAGUUUGCAUGUUCUCCCCGUGCCUGCGUGGGUUUUCUCCGUGCACUCCGGUUUCCUCUCACAUCCCAAAAACAUGCAUUCAUUGGAGACUCUCAAAAAUUGCCCGUAGGUGUGACUGUGAGCGCGAAUGCUUGUUUGUUUGUAUGUGCCCUGCGAUUGGCUGGCAACCAGUUGAGGGUGUACCCCGCCUCCUUGCCGAUGAUAGCUGGGAUGGGCUCCAGCGCUCCCGCGACCCGAGUGAGGAGAAGCGGCUCCAAAAAUGGAUGGAUGGAAAUUUGUCAUUUAUGUGGGGAAAAAACAUGAAAUAUUGCUGAAACAAUAUCAUGGUUUGCACUAGAAAAUGUAAUAUUGCAAAAAUAAAUUUGACAUUUGACCAUUAA